AUCAGAAGCCAGCGAUCUGUAGUUGUUGGUUUUGUAAUACUCUUCUGUCUGUUUCUCUGCACCUCUUGGAUUGGUGCGCUGAGUUUCAUAGAAAAGCGAAAACAUGGCACGCUUCGGAAAGCAGUCGUAAAUAUGAGGAGAUAUAUGGUAUCCCUGGAUGAAAAUUAUGCCUUGCUUAAUGAUACUGAUUUGAUCUGGGAAGUUGAAAAGUUGGCCCUACCUUUGGCGCUGUUGACUGUAAAGCAUCAAGAACUUGAAGCCGCGCUUGCGGACCUCCAAGCCAAACUGUCCACAGACUGGAUAAUCCAUGAAGGUAAAAUGUAUUAUUUUGGGGACCAGACGCUUCAGCAGGAAGAAUGGGUAAAGCGCUGUGCUGCCCUCAAAGCUGAAAUUGUGUCCAUUGAAGAUAAGGACAAGCAAAGGUUUCUAGGAACAUCAGUUGCCUCCAGAUCCGGUCACUUCUGGAUUGGAUACAAGUAUCGUGCCCAGGACAGUAAAUUUGUCUGGCAUAACCCUGGAGUUCCAGCCUACGUAAUUACUGGGCUGAUGGAUUUCCACAGCAUCCGAAAGACAACCAGUGUGUCCCUACUCGACAGCAAAUGUCCAAUGCCUUAUAAAUGUUGGAUGAAUCACCCAUGUGACGAACACCAGAAGGGGAUUUGCAAGAAGUCUCCAGAGAUGAGGUGGCUGUCCUAGCUCCUGGCCGAAGGACAGGCAAAACUGUUAUUAGAUCACCUCAGCGAGAGAAA